AUGUGUCUCUGGUUAUUGACAGCGUGUUUAGGAUUAUUGCCUUCAAAUCCCUCACAAAAUGCACAAAUAGUUAUAGUGCAAGGGGUUCCAGCACCAAUCUUGCAGCCAACUGCAGCCCCAACCACAGUACCGACUACAGUGACACCUACAGCAGCCCCAACCACAGUACCGACUACAGUGACACCUACAGCAGCCCCAACCACAGUACCGACUACAGUGACAGCUACAGCAGCCCCAACCACAGUACCGACUACAGCAGCUACCACAAUGGCGACGACGAGAAUGCCGCCGCCAUCGCCAACAAAUGCAACAAUGAGUUCCGCACCACUAACCCCAAUGACAACCAUGAUGACCACAGCGCAACCGACAACAGCUGUCGCUCCAACGACUGCUGCUCCCACAACAGCACCUACAACACGAGCUACCACUCCUGGUAAUACAGUCUCAUCUACAUUUCAAACAACGAGUACUAUGCGUACCUCAAUUGCUAGUCCAUCAUCAUUGCCAAAUUCAUUUUACAUAAGUUCUACGCCUUCGACCAUUUCAUCAGAUCAUCAGAUCAGAAUCAUUGUGCUUUGUGAUAAUCCUGAUGCGAUAUGUGUAUCUAAUCCUGAUGACAAUACUACAGGACAGCUGCCGAUUGAUCCCAGACUUGGUUCUACACCGGCGGCAGAGUUCCGACUACCAUCCAUAGAAUACAGUCAAGCAAACCCCUCGCUUGACAGUGCUGUUAAAUUUCCUCGUGAGAAGAGAAGUGUAAAAGAGAACCAAGUUGCGGAAUACGUGUACAGUAAUUUAAGCAAUCACAGAAUUCGAAAGAGGCAAAGCAACUGCCGAUGUGUACCUUCUGGCACUUGUAUCAGAUCGUCAGGUAAUGGCAUGAUCGAUAUAAGAAUAGUAACACCAACCAUGAUGCCCUGCCCUGCAGGCCAAGAAUAUUGUUGUGGUGCUACCACGACCGCAACGAUUGCAUGUGGCACUCUGCAGACGCCACCAUCGCCUGUAGUUACGCCAGCGGCUGGGCAAGCUAAUUUCGGAGAAUAUCCUUGGCAGGCAUUGAUUUUAACGAAACAGAAUGAUUACAUUGCCGGUGGUGUCUUAAUAAAUCAACUUAACGUUAUAACGGUGAUACAUAGGCUUUCCACUUACAUAGUCUCGGGCACUGCUCCUAAUGUCAAGGUGCGUUUAGGUGAAUGGGAUGCUGCUGGUACCUACGAACCUGUUCCUUUCCAGGAAUAUACAGUAACAAAGGUGUUUACUCACCCCUCAUUCAACCCCAAUACGCUGCAAUACGAUAUUGCAGUUUUACGUUUGUCAGCAUCUGUACCUCUGACACCCAUGACGGGUUCAACGAUGACUAUUAAUAGAGCAUGUCUUCCGCCAGCAUCGACUACUACAUACACAGGCCAAAGAUGUUGGGUAGCAGGAUGGGGAAAAGAUAUGUUUGGAAUGCAAGGGCAAUUCCAGCAGAUCCUGAAAGAAGUAGAUGUACCAAUAGUUGCUCCUGCCACUUGUCAGACGCAGUUGCAGGGUGCGCGCCUGGGACCGACAUACGUACUAGACACUACCUCUUUUGUUUGUGCUGGAGGCGAAGCUAAUAAGGAUUCUUGUAGUGGUGAUGGAGGAUCAGGUCUGGUAUGUCAAGUGCAGGGGCAGUGGGUCGUUGUGGGUUUGGUUGCGUGGGGACUGGGCUGCGCCAGCGCAAACGUUCCCGCUGCCUAUGUAAAUGUAGCCGCUUUAUUGCCUUGGAUACAACAACAAGUCGCUACGGCCUGA